GUAGCCAGCUCGAUGUAUUAGGGAGAAGGUCCUGUUUUUACACGACGUAGGACAUAGGUGAAUGUUAGCUAGCGUGUUAUUUGAGACAACCGCUAUCUUGCCUGGCUUCCAAGCUAAGUGUUUAGCUAGCUAACGUACCUUGGGUAAUGUUUUUGUAAAUGACUAUCGUGAAUACAGUUUACAGUGGUGAUUGCAAUAGCUAUAUUCAAUAACUCAUUAUGGAACCUCACAAACCCAAGGCAAUUUCACUACAGUGUAUUUGAUUUCACUGUGUAGCUAACGUUAGCUAACAAGCCAAGAGUUAGCUGAAGAAGUUAGCUAUCCGUACUAAUUUUCUUUUCUGUGGGUUUUGUGGGUGCCAACCCGACUGCUACUAGGGAAAGAAUCGGCGUAAUGACUACGGACGGACUGGGACUACAAUUCGGCCCUGACAUUUUAUCCACUCCAGCCCACAUCCACUGCCUGCUCCGUACUCCAGCACCCUACACUUGUGAGGAGAAAGACAUUAAAAAAAAAAAGUUUUAUGCGAUUGGAGAACACAUUGGGAGGCGAUGUGCCAUGUGAAUGACUGAGAACCACCAUGAAGCCCUCACACAAGCUGCUGUUCGUCCUGUGCCCCAUGCUGGUCCUGGGCUUCAUCUACUACUCCUCUGGGAAGCUACACCUGCACAUAUGGGGCCAGAAGCCACGCGAUGUGCCAUGUGAAUGACUGAGAACCACCAUGAAGCCCUCACACAAGCUGCUGUUCGUCCUGUGCCCCAUGCUGGUCCUGGGCUUCAUCUACUACUCCUCUGGGAAGCUACACCUGCACAUAUGGGGCCAGAAGCCACGCGAUGUGCCAUGUGAAUGACUGAGAACCACCAUGAAGCCCUCACACAAGCUGCUGUUCGUCCUGUGCCCCAUGCUGGUCCUGGGCUUCAUCUACUACUCCUCUGGGAAGCUACACCUGCACAUAUGGGGCCAGAAGCCACAGUUGGAAGCGGACAUUGCUCUCACCGUGGGACAAAUAGUAGGCUCAGUGUAUGAUAAGCAGGGCUUUCUGCUGAAGCUGGAUGGACAGUUGCCAGCGGAGUUGGCGUACAAGUAUGGCAACCUCAGCGAAGGAGUUUGCAAGCCGGGCUACGCAGCGGCAAAGAUGACCGCCAUCUAUCCCAAGUUCAUGAAGCCAGCUCCCAUGUUUCUCGACCGGAACUUCAGGCGGCUGGCCAAAGUCUGCAAUUACUUGCCUCCAUUUGGAUUCAAAACACAAGAAAGAAUCAUAGACCGUAUUCUAACUGCCACAAAGAACUAUGGCUUGGGUGAAGACCUUGACAGUCAUGGUUGUAAAAGAUGCAUUAUUGUGGGCAAUGGUGGUAUCCUGGCCAACAAGUCUUUGGGCUCGCGCAUAGAUGAUUACAACAUUGUGGUGAGGUUGAACGAUGCUCCUGUGACUGGUUUCAGCAAGGACGUGGGCACCAAGACCACCAUGCGCAUCACCUACCCCGAGGGGGCCAUUCAGAAGCCUGAGCGCUACGAAAAGGACUCGCUAUUCGUGUUCUCCGCCUUCAAACCGCUGGACUUCAAGUGGCUCAGACAAAUGGUCUUCAAAGAGAAACUGCGGGGUACACAGGGCUUCUGGAAGUCUGUGGCACACUACGUACCCAGGGAGCCCACAGAGAUGCGCAUCCUCAACCCCUACUUCAUCCAGGAGGCUGCCUUCCAGUUCAUUGGCCUGCCGCUCAAUAACGGCCUCAUGGGCAAAGGGAACAUUCCAACCCUGGGGACCGUCGCCAUAACAAUGGCGCUGCAUAACUGUGAUGAGGUGGCGGUGGCCGGCUUCGGUUAUGACAUGAACAUGCCUCACGCACCCUUGCACUACUACGAAACGGUCAAGAUGUCUGCCAUCAAAGAGUCCUGGACACACAACAUAUCCAAGGAGAAGGAGUUCCUCCGCAAGCUGGUGAAGGCCAACGUCAUCACGGACCUGACUAACGGGAUCUGAGUCUGACCAUCCAAGGGGUUUGCCUUUUCACAAAAGAACUACAGAACAGAGGAUGCUGGGAAUGAACCUGGGUGUUGGGGGCGGGAGAGGACCCUUAGAACCUGGACCCUGGUGGUCUGCACACUGCCUGAGUUUUUAUGUAGAGGAGAUUUAAGCGGAUGACUCGGUGGAAAGGCGCACAUACAGUGGGAAGAACAAGUAUUUGAUACACUGCCGAUUUUGCAGGUUUUCCUACUUACAAAGCAUGUAGAGGUCUGUAAUUUUUAGCAUAGGUACACUUCAACUGUGAGAGACAAACAAAAAUCCCGAAAAUCACAUUGUGUGAUUUUUAAGUAAUUAAUUUGCAUUUUAUUGCAUGACAUAAGUAUUUGAUCACCUACCAACCAGUAAGAAUUCCGGCUCUCACAGACCUGUUAGUUUUUCUUUAAGAAGCCCUCCUGUUCUCCACUCAUUACCUGUGUUAACUGCACCUGUUUGAACUCGUUACCUGUAUAAAAGACACUUGUCCAC